AAACAAAGGUAAAUAUUGUUUAAAUAUAUUUAUACUUUAUUUCUAUAUUUUAUUCCACAGCAGAUUGUCAGAUGUAUGUUUUAUAUAUUAAACCGAAAGUGAGGCGAAGUAAAAGAAAAAAUGCAUGACAAACCUGAAAGACUGGUGUAAAAGUGUUAUGCAGCCAGCCCCAGGUCUUUAACUGGGUGAGACGUGUUAAGUUAUGUGUUAAGAUAAGUUACUUGAACAGAAAAGAUAAGUUAUGUCAGAAAUGGACAAGUUAGUAAGACUGUAAAUGGCCUGAUUUCAUGUUGUCUUUAAACCCGCUCUAAUCCUUCAUGUUCAAGCACUGUAUCAGACACGGCACCGAACCAGAAUCAGCUGCCGUUUUCAAUCUCAAGCCUUUUUAAAAAACAUAAAACCUCUGCAUUUAUCACAAAGACCACAUGCAGCGCGGUAAGAUCAUGUAACUACUGAUUAAAACCAUCAUUGUUUAUUGCAUACCAUUUUAAGGUUAGACCUCUUUUGGACUAUUUUCAUACUGACAAUGAUGAGUUAUUUUUUUAAAUGUGUUUCAUAGUUUCUUGAUCAUGUAAUUUUUAAACGUCUAUAUUGUCAGACAUUUUUAGCACUGGAUAUAUUCUGCUAACAAUAUUAUUUUUUGUAAAUUCCUCGUUUGUUUUGCUCCUUUUAAAUGUAAGUUUGGGACAAAUGAGUUUGGAUGACGUGUGCAUGUGCAUUUUUUUUUUUUAAAUGUAAAUAAUGAAAUGUAUUUAUAGCUCUUAGUUCUCACUCCUAGAUGAUUUUGGACGCUUUUGCACUGUUUUUAACUGAAUGAAAUGAAAGCGUACGGCUGUAUGUAACAGUUUUUACAAAUAUUGACCCAUGUGUCCGUUUCGAUGUAUAGUUACGUUGUAUAAACUACCGAAAAUGAUAUUUUACGAAUGCAUGCAUAAUGAAUAACCAGGUCUCGUAUGCAUGGAGGAAAAUACUUUUUAUAAUAAAAAAGUCAUUUAAAAAUACCGUUGAGUUUAUUUUAGGGUGUGAUGUGUUUGCACACUGUUUCGUAUCACGAUAUCUGCAGUGCAUUCAGUUUGAUUAUGCAAACGGGAUCAUCAUAAACGCGCUCUUGCAAAACAUAUCAGGAAGUGGCUUUAUUACUUUGUUCCUGUCUUGCCAAGUACCUGAGCGCAACAAGGAAAUGAAUGGCACACACUGAACACAUUGAAGCUGAAAUGGAGUCGCUCUCUGUGGAGGAGCUGUGUUGUCCCGUGUGCUGCGAGAUCUUCAGAUCUCCUGUGUUUCUGUCGUGCAGUCACAGCGUCUGUAAAGACUGUCUUCAGGCGUUCUGGAAGAGCAGGAGAACUCGGGAGUGUCCGGUCUGCCGGAGGAGGUCCUCGAAGACAGAUCCUCCCGGAAAUCUUGUGCUGAAGAACCUGUGCGAGUCCUUCUUGAACGUUGAGGAGGUCUGUGACGUGCAUGGCGAGAAACUCAAACUCUUCUGUGAGGAGGACGAGGAGUGUGUGUGUUUAGUGUGCAGAGACUCAGAAAAACACAAUCGGCACAAAUUCAGGACGAUCUGUGAACUUCUUCCAUCUUACAAGGAGGAGCUCGGUAUCAAGCUGAAGUCCUUACAAGAAAAGCUGAAACGCACAGAGGAAGUAAAAGGAGAGUGCGAGGAAGCAGUUCAACACAUCCAGACUCAAGCUCGGCACACAGAGCGCCGGGUUAAUGAGGACUUUAAGAAGCUUCAUCAGUUCCUCAUCGAUGAAAAAGAGGCACUGAUCGCUGCACUGUGGGAGGAAGAGGAGCAGAAGAUUCAGAUGAUGAAGGAGAAGCUGGAGGAGAUGAGCGCACAGAUCUCGGCUCUCUCAGACACCAUAAAACACAUCGAGGAGCAAAUGAAAGCCAAAGAUGCCACGUUUCUAAACAACUUUGAAGCCACGAUGGAAAGAGCCCGGGGCCCACAGCAGGAGCCUCACAUGAGUCCUGCAGCUUUGAUUCAUGAGGCUAAUCACUUGGGCAACCUGACAUUUGGAGUCUGGCUGAAGAUGCGAGACAUUGUCAAAAACACUCCAGUGAUCCUGGACCCCAACACUGCACACCCCGAGCUCAAGCUGUCUGAAGAUCUGACCCGUCUGACAUGGGGCCCGGACCCUCGCGCCUGCCCCGCCAAUCCCGAGAGAUUCGACGUCUAUCCUUGCGUUCUGGGCUCCGGGGGCUUCGUCUCAGGGGCGCACUGCUGGGACGUGGAGGUGGGCCACAACACACACUGGACUGUGGGAAUAACCACGGCCUCCAACCCUAGGAAGGGAUUUGCCUUCUUUGGCAGAGACGUCUGGUGCGUGUGGUACAAAAACAAAGAGUAUUUCUCAUAUUAUCAGGACCAGGCUUACACUCCUAUUAGCGUUCAAGAGAAGCUGCAGAGCGUGAGAGUUUUGCUCGACUGGGAUCGAGGGACAGUGUCUUUUUCCGAUCCUGCGAGCGACACUCAUCUGUGCUCAUUCACUACAAGCUUUACGGAGAGACUCUUUCCGUUCUUCUCGAGCGUCUGUGUCGCUUGUAGUCUGAGGAUCCUGCCAGUUAAAAUAUGUGUAACAGACAUGUGAUUCUGUGUAUUUUAAUGUUAUAAAUGCUCAAUAAAGACUUUUAUUAAUA